UCUGCUCCUCUCUCUCUCUCUCUCUCUCUCUCUCUCUCUCUCUCUCUUCCCUUCUGGUUUUAAGCGAAGCUCUUCCGUUUCCAUCAAUGGAGGGUUAGAGAGAGAGAGUGGAAAAUCAAUUCUGUAAGGUCGAAGAAGACGACAAUGGCGGCCUAGGGUGUCGGUUCUUCCUUCUUUGUUUAAUAGAGCCUUUGCCUCCUUCUUUUUGUUCCUUCAUUCUGUUCUCUUUCUUGGAGUUGAUUUUGAAGUUACCACGGCAGCAAUGUCCAGGCCUUUACAUCGAGGUGCGUCCGGUGUUAAGGUACAUGGUCAUGGCGAUGAUAAAUGGGAUUCCCAAAUGAAAGAUAAAACUGAAAGGGAAGAGAUGGAGAAGAGAGUUUCUUUAGAUCAUGGAGGAACUCUGGCUUCGAGGCUUCCCAUUCGUGUGCUUUUUCCAGACAAUUCCCCAUCCAAAUAUGGAGGCCCUGAGAAUGGCUUUGCUUCUGAUUCUUUGAGCUCACGAAGUCGACAGCAAUUUAUAAUGCUAAUGUUGAAAUUAAGUUUAGUGGUGAUUAUAGUUCUUGCUCUUACUGGUUCCUUUUGGUGGACACUCUCCAUUUCGAGUUCAUCCCAAGUUCAAAUAUUCCAUGGUUAUCGACGACUCCAAGAGCAGCUCGUUUCAGACCUUUGGGAUAUAGGCGAGAUUUCCCUUGGUGCUUCGAGGUUGAAAGAGCUCGAAUUCUGUUCUCCAGAACUGGAGAAUCAUGUUCCUUGCUUCAAUUCGAGCGAGAUUCAAGAUGGUGCCUGUGAUCGACAUUGUGAGCCUAGCUCAUGGGAGAAUUGUUUGGUCCAACCUCCCUUGAAUUACAAGAUUCCUCUUAGAUGGCCAACCGGAAGGGAUGUUAUCUGGGUAACAAAUGUGAAAAUUACAGCACAGGAGGUGCUUUCCUCUGGAAGCUUGACCAAAAGAAUGAUGAUGCUUGAAGAAGAACAAAUAUCCUUUCGUUCUGCCUCUCCAAUGUUCGAUGGUGUCGAAGAUUACUCUCACCAAAUUGCAGAAAUGAUUGGGCUGAGAAAUGAAUCUAAUUUCAGAGAAGUUGGGGUAAGAACCAUUCUGGAUAUAGGGUGUGGUUAUGGGAGCUUUGGAGCACAUCUUUUCUCCAAACAUCUCAUAACUAUGUGCAUAGCAAAUUAUGAGGCUUCAGGCAGUCAGGUUCAACUAACUCUUGAACGGGGUCUUCCUGCAAUGCUUGGUUCGUUUACUUCGAAACAGUUGCCAUAUCCGUCUCUGUCGUAUGAUAUGGUUCAUUGUGCACGAUGUGAUGUUGACUGGGAUAGUAAAGAUGGCAAAUACUUGAUUGAGGUUGAUAGAGUUUUGAAGCCAGGGGGGUAUUUUGUCUGGACAUCGCAGAUUACAGAUACUCAGACUUUUCGUUACAAAAAAGAGAAUCAGAAAAGGUGGAACUUCAUUCAGGAUUUUGUAGAAUAUCUGUGCUGGAAGAUGUUGUCUCAACAAGAUGAAACUGUUGUCUGGAAGAAAACUAGUAAAAGUAAUUGUUAUAGCUCACGGAAGCCAGAUUCGUCUCCUCCAAUAUGUGGUAAAGGUCAUGAUAUCGAAUCUCCAUAUUACCGACCACUCCAAGCCUGCAUCGGUGGAAGAAAAAGUCGUCGUUGGGUUCCUAUUAAUGAACGAAGAACUUGGCCAUCGAGGGCUAUCUUAAACAAGAGUGAAUUGGCUAUACAUGGAUUGGGUUUGGAUGAUUUCACAGAGGAUAGUAUAAACUGGAAAAUGGCAGUGAAGAACUACUGGUCUCUUUUGUCGCCACUAAUCUUCUCGGAUCAUCCAAAACGACCCGGUGAUGAGGAUCCUUUACCCCCAUACAACAUGCUCCGCAACGUGCUAGACAUGAACGCUCAUUUUGGAGGCUUCAAUUCUGCAUUAUUGGAAGCUGGGAAGUCUGUAUGGGUCAUGAACGUGGUGCCAACAGAUGGUCCUAACCAUCUUCCCUUGAUAAUGGAUAGAGGCUUCGUUGGGGUAUUGCACGAUUGGUGCGAGGCCUUUCCAACAUAUCCUAGAUCAUAUGAUUUGGUGCAUGCAGCAGGACUUCUGUCCCUUGAAGUAACUAAGAAGCCAAGGUGCUCGAUGCUCGAUUUAUUCAGCGAUAUUGAUCGGUUACUUCGUCCAGAGGGUUGGGUGAUAAUCCGUGACAUGACCACACUUAUCGAAUCGGCUCGAACUAUAACUACACAGCUUAAGUGGGACGCACGAGUUAUAAAAAUCGAAGACAACAACGACGAGAGAGUGUUGAUCUGCCAAAAACCAUUCUUGAAGAGACAAGCAAUCUGAUUUAUACGUUUUGAAGGUGAAAAGUAUUUAUAUA